AUGAGGAAGAGAAUGGCGAGGAUGAUGACGACGGGGAUGAGGACGUCGAUGACGAUGAGGAUGACCAUCAGAAGCCUCAUUUUUUUUAUAAAGGGUAAUGAGAUUCAGGUAGACAUGGGUGAGAAAGCAGGUGCAAGUGAGUUUUUCGAAGAAGACAUGAGUGACGAUGAAGAUAUUUAUCCCGAAUUGCCAAACAUUUUCAAUGAUAAGCUCAAUUGUAAGGAGCAUGAACCUGUUUUAGGUAUGAGGUUUGAGAGUCUUAAACAAUUGAAACACAUGCUUUGUAACUAUGCUGUCGCGAAUGGUUAUCAAUUAUGUUUUGUUAAUAAUGAUACUAGACGAUUACUUGUCAAAUGCUGUGAUGGCAAAUGUACUUUUAGGCUUUGGGGUUCUGGGAUGAGUGAAGAUAAGUCUUUCCAGAUAAAGUCUCUUAUCGAGGAGGUAAAAACUGCUUUUGGGAUUAAUCUGAGUAUGAGUCAGUGUAGGAGAGCCAAGAAGUAUGCAUUGAGUCUAGCUGAAGGCACAAUAGCUGAAAAUUAUGCAAGAUUAUGGUCAUAUGGUGAGGAGAUUAGAAGAUCAAAUCCUGGAUCCAAAGUUAAAAUUUGUGUUGAUUCAACGCCUGAUGGGGAGUUGCUUUGUGCUGUUGGUAGAGAUUCUAACAAUGGAAUAUUCCCGAUUGCUUGGGCAGUUGUUUCUGUGGAAAACAAAGAGAAUUGGAAAUGGUUCAUAGAAACGCUUUCAGAAGAUUUGCAAUGUUGGAAUGAUGGACAUGGUUUGGUUCUAAUUUCGGAUCAACACAAGGGUUUGAUUGAGGCAGUAAAGGAAGUAUUUCCUAUAGCUGAACAUAGGCAUUGUGCUAGACAUAUCUAUGCGAAUUUUAGAAAGAGAUUUAGUGGAUCCAAGUUUGAAAAUUUGUUUUGGAAAGCGAGCAAGGCAACAACUGAAGCACAAUUUAAUGUAGUUAUGAAAGAGAUUGGAAAAUUAAAUCUGGAAGCAGUUGUGUAUCUUAUGGAUAGAGAUCCAAAGACUUGGUCUUUGGCUUUUUUCAGAGUUCAUAAUUCUUGUGAGUCAGUAGAGAAUGGGUUUUCAGAGAGUUUUAAUAGUGUGAUUUUGGAUACGGGGAAGAAACCAAUAAUAAGCAUGUUAGAGGACAUUCGUAUAUAUGUGAUGCAAAGGAUGGUGACUAUGAAACUAACCGGACAAGGAUGGAAUCGUUAUUCUGUUUGUCCAAAUAUCAGAAUACGGUUGAAUAUGCUCCAGACUGAGCAAAGGCAUUGGAAGGUCAUUUCUUGUGGGGGGAUGAAGUUUGAGGCAAGGAAAAUGGACGAGGCGUUUACUGUUAAUGUUGAAAAAAAGGAAUGCAACUAG